CAAAAAUGCCGUCGGAGGCAUUAUCACUUCCAUUACAGACGGAAAAACCACAUCAUUACAUGUACUUGAAGGAGUUUAGGACACAGCAAUGUCCGCUGUUUUUACAACACAAAUGCACUCAGCAUCGUCCCUUCACGUGUUUUCACUGGCAUUUUAUGAAUCAAAGACGGAGAAGACCUAUACGAAAGCGUGAUGGAACUUUCAAUUAUAGUCCUGAUGUAUACUGUACAAAAUAUGACGAGACAACAGGCCUCUGUCCAGAGGGAGACGAGUGCCCAUAUUUACACCGGACAGCUGGGGAUACCGAAAGAAGAUACCACUUAAGAUAUUACAAGACUGGUACUUGCGUCCAUGAAACUGAUUCCAAAGGACAUUGUGUCAAAAAUGGCCCUCAUUGUGCCUUUGCACAUGGUGCAGAUGAUUUGAGACCCCCAGUGUAUGAUGUGAGGGAACUUCAAGCUAUGGAAACUACUGAGAAAACAAGUAACUUAGCUACUCCCAGCAGCUUAGAAAAGGAACGUAUAUUAAAUGAAGACCCUAGGUGGAAUGAUACAAAUUAUGUUUUAGCUAAUUAUAAAACAGAACAAUGCAAACGCCCUCCAAGGCUAUGUCGGCAAGGCUAUGCAUGUCCACAGUAUCACAAUUCAAGAGACAGAAGAAGAAGCCCAAAGAAAUUUAAAUAUAGGUCUACGCCUUGCCCAAAUGUCAAACAUGGGGAUGAAUGGGGAGAUCCAACACACUGUGAGAAUGGGGAUAAUUGUGCAUAUUGUCACACUAGAACAGAACAGCAGUUUCACCCAGAAAUCUACAAGUCAACCAAGUGUAAUGACAUGGUGCAGACCAGCUAUUGUCCCAGGGGGCCAUUUUGUGCCUUUGCUCAUGUUGAACAUGAGAUGACAACACAGAGGGAGCUGUCUACAAGUUCUGAGAAUUCCCUGGCAGCUUUUGUUACAAAUGCUCUACCACAAUCAAAUAAUAGCAACAAUAGUCCCUCACAUAUAGGCAGCUUUGACAGCAAUACAGCUCAGCUUAAUGAGGAAGUCAAGGAAUAUAUGGUUGGGGCUGAUGUUAAUAACAGAUCAUUAGGGCAUGUGGGAAAGGAAAGAUCAAAUAGCAUGUCUGGACCAUAUACAAAUCAUUUGGGAAACAAUUUGAACAGUAACCAUAACAGUAACUCUGUGUUCCCGGAGCCAAUAGGAAAGGGGCGAUCCAGUUCCACAUCCAGUAGUAUUACAUCUGAUCCCAGCAGUUUCUAUCAGCGGGCACCCGGCUCGGAGAGAGAAGACUCUCAGGUGAAACUUAGACAACAACUUCAAGCUAUUGAAAAUGACCCUACGCUUGACACAACAGAACGGGCAAAGCGGAAACAAAACUUGAUACUGCUGCACAACCUUAACAUUGGUGUCCCUCAGUGCGGUGUUCAGCUGGUCCCCUCACCCUCAUCAGUCUCCUCCUCCUCCAUGUCUCCUCUGGCACCCUCCUUCUAUCCUCCAGGGGACACGGUCGAGUCUGUCGUUGGAAAUGCUCUGGAUGACCUUUGCCUGGAAGACUUUGACAUAUCCAGCAUAGACAGGGAACUGGAUCGUGAUAAUGACACCAACUCAGUCAGCAGUUCGUUGAGUGCAGGUCUGUCAGCCUCAGGUAAUAAGGCUGCUGGCUGCUUUGGUAGUGUUUCUGGACCGGUGAGUAUUCCUCACAGUGGGGGCAGCAUACAGCGCGGUAGUGUAGGCAGUCUGUCUCAGUCCCCACCCUCACCAUUAGGCAGCUUUCAUCACCCUCAGUAUUUGGCUCUGCAAAUCCAACAGCCCCCUGCACACCAGCAACAUCAUAAACAAGAACAGCAGUUAGAACAGGCACAUGCAGCUUUUCUAAGUCAGGCAAACCCAGGCAAAUUCUCAGUCCCAGCUUGCUCUGAGGGUAAUUCAAUGUCACCACGAAGUGGAGGUCCCCAUUCACCUCUAUACUCUGCCUCUAAUCAGGGGAUUCAAGAAGAAUUAAACAUGUACAAGAAGAAGCUAGCCUCUUGGGAAGAUGGGUACUCACAAGCAAAAAGUGCAUGUGAUGCUUGGAAGAAAGAGGCAGAAGAGUCAGUCAGAAAAGCUAAAGCUGCUGAGGAGGAGAAGCAACAAAUUCUUAGGCAACGAGAUGAGGCUUUAAACCAGUUAAAGAAGGUUGAAGGAAGCUCAUCUUUAAGGUCUCUACACUCAAUGAAAGAAUUAGAAAACUUGCCUUUGCCUGAACUAAGACAUCUACAACAACAACUAAGAGUAGAUUUGGAACGCGUAGAAAAGAUUGUGUUCCAACAUGCAGCAAGAAAGUGUUUAAUAUGCCAAGAUCAGAAUCGCAAUGUUGUCCUUAUGCCAUGUAGCCAUUAUGUGGUGUGUGAUAGUUGUGCUGGGAACUGUACUAAAUGCCCUUUCUGUCAGGUUCCUGUCACACAGAGGUCCAGUCUGCUCAUGCCGCCCAUGUGACUCUGGUCCUAUCUUAGUGCUCCAACAAAUCCAGACAGCAGUGCUAACAUGUGUAUACUCCAACACCUGUUCAAUACUUAAUGAUUUAUAGCUCAAUUCUUAUUUAAAUAAUAUUUUUUUUUCAAUUUGAUGGACCAUACUGUUAAAUCAAAAUUCAUUGGCACCUGAUUUGGAGAUGCCUUACUGCUGUAAGGUGAAGUGAGGGUGUCCUACACUGUGAUAACCACCCUCUCUAGUCUUGUGGCUGGUCAUGGCUGUACAAGUGCACUUGGCUUUUACUGAGGACCAAUUUGUUUUAGCUAGCACUGAUCAGAGACUGAAAGAUUGCCAGGAUUUACUGUUGACUGAAAACUGCAGGUUAGAGUGUAGAAUGGAUUCCCAUACACUUUACACCUACUAAAAAUUUUGGUCAAAGGUACUAUUGGUUGUUGUUAUUAAAAAUUUCUAAAAUAGCCACUGAACAUUUGUGUGCUUUUUCUUGCCGAAAGUAGUCUUAAAUUGUAGGGUGUGGGGGAAGACACUCAAAAGGUCAUAUCUGUUGUUAGCUUAGUGGUUUGGUUCAAAUUUCUGGUCUUUUAGCAGUUGUAAGUUUUUCUACUGAAUCUUUGUUACCAUUUACGUUCAAAGGAGCCAUGAUGGUGAAAAAAAUUUUUAGAGUGUCAUUCAGGAUGUGCCAUCAUGUAUCUGAAUGUGGUUAUUAAUGUAAUGAAAUACUAAACAUUUCUCAGUUCAAUGAAGUGAUUAAAUUAUGUAAUAAAAGCUAAGAUAGCCAAAUUGUAGCAAGAAAUUGAAAUCAUGUUAAAUUAUGUGUUUAGGUGUAAUGUUUCAUUAAUACAUGUAUUAGAAACUUUCAGACUGCACACAAAGUUUCAAAGCCCUUAACUGUAGGGUUUACUACAUUUUAUAAAUUAGUGCCCACAUACUUAUCAGAAAUAUAUGUAGACUGAGUGACAAGUAUGAGGAUUGGAAUACAAGUCUUAGUUUACUAUGAUAGUGCUGUUACUGAUCACAAUCUAGAUAAAUAAUGAUUGUAUUAAAUUUCCAUUGUAUUUUACCUUGAACAUGUUUUCUAGAUCUGCUCAUUCUGUGUGUCUGUUGAUAUAUGAGUUUAUUUUUCUUUAUACCACACAAAUCUGAAAUUUCUGAAGAAAUAUUAGAAUCACUGUUGUUACUAUUGUUUGGCUUGUUACCACCCAUGAUUCUUUUGAAUAAUGUUUACAAAUUAACACAUUGUUAAUAUUUCGACCCCCUUGUUACGCAUAUGUAACAGUUUGUAUCGGUUUUAUCAGCACUUGAGGAGCCAACCCAGUGGAUGGCUCCCUUGACUUCUCCCGAGAACUUGUCAGUGAUUCCACAUAAAAAAUGUUACAGAUUUAGAUCUGUUAUUGGUAAAAUGAAAUGGAUUUUUCAAAGUUCUAUUUCAUUUUAACGUGUGCUCUUCAUAAUCAUUGUAAUCUUCUGUUGAAAAUGCAUUUCAAACUAUAUUGAUCAAAUUUCUGUGCUGAUUGUUUUUUACUUGGAUCCCUUGUGGGAAUGGUUUUAAAUUGCAUCAAUGUUGAGCUUUUGGUGUAACUGUUAAGUGCUUCUGUGUGGCAACGUAUUGUUUGUGUUUUUAUUGUCUAGCGAGUAAUCUUGUACUGCUGUCAUGUUUGUUUUGACUGACUUUCUAAUCUGAAACUUGUCAGUAGAUCUGGCAUGAUGACUGAUGGUAAAAUAGAUACAUGUAUUUGUUUUUUGGAUCUGGGUAAUUCCCACACUGAAAAAGGUAUACUUUUUGGUUUCCUUUUAUAUUUCUAAUUAAUGGUGAAUAUAUAGUCAACCUCUGAUCAGUGUUCUGAAGAUAGUAAAUUUGUGACAGAAUCUUAAAAACAGUUUAAAUGGAUGAUUUAACUCAGGGCCAUUUUUUUUCUCUGCCCUUGUCUCUUCAGAAACUUAUUCCUAGUCUUGCUUAUAAAUUAAGCCUUUUACCCCAUGUAGUGAAUGAACACACCAGAGAUAUCCAUGGAUGGAGAAAGUCUCUUAUCAGGUAGUUUGUACUGUUGUACACUAUACAGUGCUGUGGAAUGUGAAUGGCCAGACCUGUAGACACAGUGGUUAUUUUUAUGGAGAAAAGUCUGAAGGAGCAGCUACAAUGCAUAUAUAGUUUUUAUUGGCUGGAGGGCCAGUCACUUGGUGUUUAUCACAGUAUUUUCAGUAUGGAAGAGAAACAAGCGUGUGGGGUACUUCACGUAAAGUGUCCAUGGGUGUAAAAAGACUUUAAACAUCUUUUGAGACCCCCCCCCCCUCCAAAUGUAUAUAAGAUUCACUUCACUAGACAGUAUUUUAAUGGUUCAACAAUGCUUUGGACUGAUAUCAAUUGUAUAGCAACUUCAUAUGAAUAUUCACAUGUAAAGAUAAAAUAUAGUAUAGUCUAUAUCU